UUUUCGCCCCCUACGACUACAUCCGCACCUCAACCAUCGCCCUUAUUGAGCAUGAUAAUGUACGCACCACACUUACGCCCUUCGUCCCCAAUGCCCGUGUCCUUGAACUUGCCUGCGGCUCAGGAUUCUACACCUACGAUCUACUCCAAUGGGGCGCUAGUUCUGUCGUCGGCCUUGACAUCUCAGCCGUGAUGAUGGAUAAAGCACGAAGCGUGGGUGAGGAGACGGGUGUAGGGGAAAGGGUUGCAUUUAUCCAGGCUGAUUGUGCGGUUCCGAAGGUCUACGGGGAGGGGGAGUUUGAUAUCGUUUUUGGAGCUUGGUUGCUUAACUAUGCUUCUGAUCGCGAGGGGUUGGUUCAGAUGUUUCGGAAUGUUGCGGUGAAUCUGAAGGAGGGGGGGAAGUUUGUGUCAAUUACUGUUCCGCCUUCCGAAAAUCCGAUUGAUUCGCUCAACGCUGAGGCGACUGCUCGACCUGAGCCUGAGGGAUCGGGGUAUUUGAUGUAUAGGCAUAUCAGGGAUGUCGAAGAUGGGAUUUUCUUCGGGGUGCAUGGUAAGACGCCUGUUGGGAAGCUGUACUCUGAAUGCUACCAUCUGAGGAAAGAGGUGUAUGAGGAGGCAGCGAGGGAGGCUGGGUUGAAGGGCACGUUGGAGUGGGGGGUGACGGAUGUUCCAGAGAGUUUCUUGAGGGAGGACGCACCGGGAGGUGCAACUUUGCGGGAGUUGGAGACUUACAGGAGUAUUCCAGCUUAUGGGGUACUAGUUAUUACCAAGUAAGAUCUUUAAAACCCGCGGCGUGGCUGUAGAGACAUAAAACUCGUAAUCUCUAGUUCCUCCUACAAUGAUCUGAGUCUGCCCUUGCCGAAC